AAUUACACAUGUCCACUUUAUAGUAUGUGAGGGAAAUCAUUAGUAAGCAGAUCUCGACUUUAUCAAAUCAAAGUGGAGAGGAUAAAAAAGCAUUGGGUAAGGGUUAAACUUAUUUAAUUAGAAUCUGAACCAUACCACAAUUUGCAAAAGUCAAGUGUGUUAUUAGAAUCUAGGUGUUUCAAUGACCCUUAAUUAUAGGACAAGAAAUGUAGACAAAUUCUAUCCAAAUUGAUAUACUUGAUCAAUUAGGUAUGUUGCAAUAGUGUUACCUCUAUGAUAGGGUGAGAAAUUCAAUGACCAAGAAUCUUUGAGUCUAUUUUUUGGAAUCACCAAGCUCUUCUCUUCAAAUAAUGUGGAUUUGAGGAGAAUGAUCUAUUUGAUGAUUAAGGUAAUUAGUAAGCUUUAUAAAUUGUAGGAAUUCAAAGAUGAGAACUCUAUGUAUGUAGUAAUCAGUUGUUUAGCCAAAGACAUUACUUCCAAGAAUGAUCUCUUUAGAAUUAAUGCCCUACGUACACUUCCCUACGUUCUUGAUCAAUCCAACUUGGUUUAAUUGGAUAGAUAUUUAAAAAAUGUAUUGACAUUGUUAUACCCAUCAAGGCAAUCCUCGAGAAGAGUUAACCAAUUUCAAGUGCUGCUUUGAUAGCUGGUCUAUAGAUUUUCAGAAUCAGUCCCGAUUUCAUUAGAAAGUGGACCAAUGAAGUGGCUGACAGACUCAAUUCCAAAUAUCCUCAAAAUAGUUUCCAUGCCUUAUUGUUACUACAUGAAAUCAAAAGCAACGACAAAGUCACAUUCACUAAAAUCCUCACUGGAUUAACCAAAGAAACCCUUGUACCCAUUGCCAACAUGCAAGUUAUUAGGUUCAUAAGAGAAAUCCUCAAUACUGAUGAAUUAGAUUAGCAAUAUGAAAAAGUACGUCUCUCCAAUAAUCUACUUAGUUGUUCAUUGAAUAUCUCUAAAGACAAAUACACAAGUCAUAAGAAAUUGUGAUUUUUGAAGCUUGCAAAGCACUAUGUGAUUUGAAAUCCCUCUCAAACAAGGAUCUUUAACCUAUGGUCUAAAUUGUGACUGUCUUCUUGCAAUCAAGCAAUGUGAUCAAUAAGUUUGUGGCACUCAAAAUAUUAAACAGAUUAAUCUCAAAUCCUAUUAGAAGAUCCCUUAUCACACCCCAACAAAUUGAACCACUAAUCCAGGAUUCCAAUAAAUCAUUGUCUUCCUUGGCUGUCUCCAUAUUGUUGAAAGUCUGUUAAGAAACGAAUAUCGAGAGACUCUUAAAUUAAAUUUAUGAAUACCUAAACGACAUGAGUGAUGAAUUCAAAAUAGAUGUCCUCAGAAGUGUGAAAGCACUAGCAAAGAACUCCCCUGCCAAAUGGAAACCUAUUAUUAGUUUCCUUCAACAAACCUUCAAAUGCGAGGCCUCCUAAGAAUUUAAGAAGUAUUCAAUUGAGAUCUUUGAAUUCAUUAUACACGAGAUCCCAGAAGCUAGAGAAAAUGCUAUUAUGGCUUUGGCCGAUUACAUUGAGGAUUGCUAAUAAAGUGCAUUAUAAUUGAGUGUAUUGAGCAUUCUCAAUAGAGAAGCUUCAAAAAAACAAUGCCCCACAAGAGUGAUUAGGAUUGUAAACAACAGACUACAUCUUGAAGAUGCUGAAAUCAGAGCUGCAGCAGUUGGUGUACUAGGCAAAUUCCUACUUAACUAUCCUAAUGAAAAGGCUAGCCUUCUUGAAUUAUUACAAGCUGCUGCCUAGGAUCCUGAUGAAGAAGUUAGAAAUCGUUCUCGAUUCUAUGUUAGUGAAUCAGCAGCACCCAAAGAAGAAAAUCCUCCAUUGUCAAUAGAAGAAUUAGAUGCAAUUGAAGCCUAUUUGCAAUAAAACAUUCAAGAAAUCUAGCAAUCUAAUGAAGAAGUAUUGCAAUUAGAUAAGAUUUUGGCAUAUGCUGAAUAAAAUAAGGGAAAGAUAAAGAAGACUGAGGUGUUACAAGAAUUAGUGGAAGAAGAAUUAAUUUAGACUCAUGAAUCUGAAUCUGGAUUUGAAACCUAUAAGAAAUUAUUCAAAGAGAGCACAAUCUUCUGUGAUUAUGGAGUACUAAGAAAAUCAUCAAGGGCAUAAAAUCUGACUGAUUCUAAAUGCGAAUACUUAGUAACAGUGGUCAAACACUUUUUUGAUAAUCAUAUAAUUUUGGAGUAUAAGGUAAAGAACACAUUAGACAAUGUUACGUUGACUGAUGUCUCUUUGGAAUUGACAAUAAAGAAUGUAAAUCUUCAAUUCGAAAGAAUUGUGCCUGCAAAAUCAAUUCAACCACAAUGUGCAUCUAAUAUAUUGGUUGGAUUGUAAUUCAAUCCCAAUUUGAGAUUAGUGUCAUCUAACAUUCAAAGCAUCUUGACCUUUACAGUGAAUGAAAAUAGUACUACUUAUUAAGACGAAUAUUAGACUGAAGACUUCAUCAUAACUUACAGUGACUUCUUCUUACCUAUUUAAUGGUUUAAGUAAGAUUAAUAUCACUAUAAAAUAGAAAAUUCCAAACUGAAUGGGAAUCUCUUAAAUCACAAGAAAUGUCAGCUACAUAUUAGUUAGAUUAUAAGAAUACUGAUAUUGCAAUAAAGGAGUUAGUGAAGCAUUUCGGUAUGAAUUUAUGAUUUAGACAAUUAGGAUUUUAAGUUUGUGAUAAUUCUGAUUAAAUAUAGCCUUAAAAUAAGUUUCAUACUUUAUUAUUGUCAGGCAAAUAUUUGGAUGCCAAGAAUGCACUAGUGAUAUGUUAGAUAGGAUUUUAAUAGAAUAUAGGAUGUGUGUUAAAAAUAAAGUGUAAAUCUGAAGAUGAUAAUUUAAGUACAAACAUUGUAGAAACCCUUGGUUGAUAUUAUAUUAAAUACAUUUAAUAAGGUAUAG